AUGGCUACGCGACACCAGUCAUCGUCGGAGGAUGAAAAAGUUGGCUUGGAUCAUGAGGUCGAGUUUAUCGACCACAAGGGUGCUGCUGAGAAGGCAAGCCAUGAGGGCCAUGCCCCCACAAGCGUCCUCGCCCAAGUGGCCGAACAGGAAAAGCAGCUCUCAACAUGGCAAUCAGUGAAGAAAUACUGGGUCGUCUUCCUCUGGUGCAUGUAUAUCUCAAUCGGCGCCGCCAUCGGAGGUUACGACGGAACGGUUGCCGGUGCCGUUAUCUCUAUUCCCAGCUUCCGUGAAGAUCUCGGGGAUUGGAUAGAUGGCCAAUGGGUUGUAUCUGCUGCCUGGCAAUCUGGUUUCAACGGCGGGUCCUCUUGCGGUGGUGUACUUGGCGGUCUUUGCACCGGUUAUCUUGGCGAUAAGAUUGGACGCAGAGGUUCUCUGCUUGUUGCAAGCAUUAUUUCAAUUGCUGCCAUUUUCCUCGAAGUUUUCUGCAUCCACGAGAGCCAGGUCAUGUUCUUCCUCGGAAGGACAUUCAACGGCUUCGGGGGUGGCAUCUUCGUCACUGUCGCUUCCAGCUAUUGCGCGGAAAUAUCCCCACUCCAACUCCGUGGUAUUACGACAGGUGCCGUGAACGAAUGGAUUGUCAUAGGCCAAUUCCUUUCCUCAGUUAUCAUCAAAGGCACCGGUCAACUCACCUCAACUCUGGCUUACAAGAUCCCGCUGGGUAUUCAAUGGAUCUUCCCGCUCAUGAUUCUCAUUGGACUUCCGUUCGUUCCCGAGUCGCCAUGGUAUUUCGUUCGUAAGAAUCGUAUGGAUUCCGCAAAACGCAGCGUCCAGCGUCUCAUUGGGCACACUGGCGCGGAUAUCGACUUGCACGUGGCUCAGAUCAAGGAGACGAUCGAGUUGGAGGAGCGAUUGACAGGGCAGGCGAAAUGGAUCGAUCUGUUCAAAGGCACCGAUGCACGCCGAACCUUUAUCACUGCCAUGGUAUUCAUUUGCCAGGAGAUGGUCGGCGUCCAAUUCGUACUGGGCUACAGCACCUAUUUCUUCGAGCUUGCGGGUUUCAACACGAGCGAUUCGUUCUCUCUGGGUGUGGGAACGCUCGGCAUCGCUUUCGUGGGCAACCUUCUCGGCAUCGCCUUCACUAACCACCUCGGUCGUCGUCCAAUCUUUGUCUGGGGAAUGGUCGCUUGUACAAUUGAUUGUCUCAUGAUCGCCAUCCUCUCACUCGUACCUGGAAACGGCGCUCUCUGGGCAAUGGGUGUGUUUACUAUGCUUUACAUGCUUGUGUACCAGGCUGGCAUCGGUCCUUUGGCAUACUGUAUCUACGCCGAAAUCUCCUCCGCCAGAUUGCGAUCCAAGACCGUCGCCUGGGGAGUGAUGAUCAACCAAGCGUUCGGCUUGUUGAUCACAGUCAUCAACCCAUAUCUGAUAAAUCCGAACGAGGCAAACUUGCAAGGCAAGGUCGGCUGGAUAUUCGGAGGGUUCGGCGUCAUCUUCACCAUCUGGUCGUAUUUCGGUAUCCCCGAGACAUCUGGCAGGACGAUUGACGAGAUCGAUAUCCUGUUCGCACGCAAGGUGCCCGCGAGGAAAUUCUCGAAAUACGUCAUUACCGAGGCGGACAGGGCAGAGUGA